AACCAAGAAAAAUAGAGUAUAAAUAUCCCCCCGCCCCCCUCACUCUUUUCAGUCCACUGCUAUGAACGGAGUGGGUAGGACGUUUCUUUCCCGAGAGAGAAAAGUGUGAAGAUGAAGUGUACCAAGUGUGGCUUUAAUGCUUUGAAGAAGAAACACAAGUUCUGCAGCGAGUGUGGCUUCAAUUUGUCAGUCCAGCCUCCCAACAACCAAGAAGGAAAUGAACCAGCCUCCUUGGUACCAGAUUUGGACGCUGCGACCGAUACAACAGCAAAACACAACCAUUCUGCAGACAACAAAGAUUCGAACAAAAAGUCAAAAAAGAAAGCCCGGAAGAAAAAGGCAGCAGAUCAGUCCUCCUCAAGAGAGGACCAGUCUGGUUCCUUUGCUGACAAUACCAACAAUAAUGAUGCGCAGACUGAAAACAGUCAGUCUGAAGUCACUUCAGGUCCGUAUGGCGAAGAAGAUAAAGAUGAGAGCAAUGCACAAAAAUCAGUUCAAGAUUCAGGUACGACUCAGCACUCUGAUGACAGCACAAGUUUCGAUGCUAACUCGGGUGCAGGCGAGACUUCCGAGGCCGGCAACACAAAUACUGAAGAGACCAAAAAAAGCGAGUCAAAGAGAGAGAACGGUCAAGCCGUGUGUGACCAGAACGCCAACGUGGCUCAGGAAAGCGCACGUGAGAAGGAACCGAAAGUGAAGCAGCCUGGCACUGUAGAACAGACAAUGAUCUUUGGACCCCAACCUCAAACACCAUCCAAGGUGCUUGCUCAAGACAGAGGCUCCAGCGUAGACCCACACAAUGCAACGGAAGACAUGGGGGUCCAAAGGUCUAAUGCAAACUAUCAUUCCCAACAUGCCACCAUUCCAACUCAACCAACCGACGCACGACUCACUAUUUACUUCCAUGCCAUCCUCUCAAAAGAUUUCAAAUUUAACCUCAAUGAAGAUUCUAUCUACAUCAGAGCUGGGCCUCCUUUAGCAAAAUGGGAAGACAUUGCAGUGCGGCUAUUUGUGACCAGGGAUUUGAACGAGCAUGGCUUUUUGGUCCAAGGCGUUCUGGAGACCAACAAAACACGCAUUGUGUCCCAGUCAAUACCUUACAAAUAUGUUGUCGACAAGAAGGCACAAGGAAAACCCAUAUUCGAAUACAUCUACAAAGAAAAUUCAGAUCAAUCCCAGACCAACAGAUGCUUGUUUGUUAAACCUCACCUCCUCAAUGAAGACGGGGAAUGGCAUCAGUAUGACGACAUUGUGUGUGUUAAGCCAGAAAAAGGCAUAUUGAAACAAUUUAUUGAAGGAGUGAAAAGUGUUUGGACUGGCCAGAGGAAACAACUGGUUCAAGGCAGAGACAUAGCGGGGGAGAUAAUGAUGGACACAAUCUUUGAUCUUCUCAAGACAUGGACAGAAAAGAAUUUAGAAACAUUUCUAAAACAGCUGAAUCAGUUUUUCGAUAUCUAUUCAAACCCAUCUACACAUGAAGGAUCGCGGCACACGAAAUGGACCUCCUUAAACUAUGACGAGAACCAUGUGCGGAAUUCGAUCAAGGACUUCAUGUUGAAAGAUGUGACUCCGCGGGUACAAGGGAAUGUAAAUGCCCCCAAAAAUAGUUUGUACAUUGAAGACCCUCUGCGAGCGGCUGCGAUCAUGCUCUACGUGUGUGAACGAUACUGUAUCAAACUGGACAUUACCAACAGCCUCUACCUUUGCGCUGAGCUGUGUUUACCCAAACUAGACAAAAGUGGCUUCCUUGAGUACUGGAAAGAUUUGUCACGGGAUCUUGCUCUUCUUCCAAGCCUGCCAAGCAGCUUGUUCUCUCUUAUCAAAACUGUGAAAGACCGUGGGCACCCCCAAUGGAUUUUGGCAUUACCCCUCUUUCACCUCCUCGACGGAAAGGAUGUGCAACCUUUUCAGGUGCUGACAUCUGGGCAUGGUCUGAAAAAUCUUGGAUCGGGCGAAAUUAACAGUGAAAGUGAAAGGAAGGGCUUGCUCAAGAUGAUGAAAGACAAGCGUCAUUUGAUGGAAGUGGAUCCGCUUGCAGCACGAUCUGGAUUUUACCUGAUGUCGCUCGGUGAAUUUAAAGAUUGCAGUAUCAACAUGAACAUCCAACUUUUGGACAUGCUCAAUGUUUUCAGCCUCAAAGCACCAAGGAGCAUCGGCUAUCAUAACUCUAAGGAUGUAUCUGAAAUUCUUUCUCACAUCCAAAGCAAAGUCCUUGACAUGAAACACAGUGAUGUCUUGGAGGCUGAUGCAAGAUCGUGUCUGGCUGUAGCAGUUAAACUCUUUGACAAGAUUUGCAAAGGAGCCACGUCGUCCUACAAGGACAUUCCUGUAGAAUGCAUGAAACUGGUUGCGUCCGUGUUUGAUUUGGCUGUUUCAUACAUGCAACAGGAGGCUGGAGGAGAUGGAAAGCUGCCAGAUGCAGAAGAGAUCUCAAAGGCAAUGCGCAUCAUGAGAUCUUGGAUGAGUUCGCAAUUCAAGGAAAAUUUGCUAUCCAGGAGUUUUUCAUUUCGCAACCUUGAGGCUACGCAGGAAAUGGAAGUAUGGAACCACAUACUUGGAAUCCACUUCAACAAUAAUAGCUGUCAGAAUGAGUGGAUGCUGAAAUUAUCUUUGGAUUUUGAGGGCAGGUAUAAAAAGGAAAAAUCCGAGGAUCAAAUUGCGUUUUACUUCGCAAAAAUAGAAAAACUGGAAAAUUCGCUUCAAAAUGUGUCACCUAUUAUUGAGAAGUGUGCGCUCGAGGCUGUUACAUCUGUAUGCCAGACCAAAUCAGAGGUCCAACUGCUUGAGAAUUUCAAGAUGAACAACAAAUUUGUGAAAAUCUUCUCAGCCAUUCUCCAAAGUUCCUGGCCAAAGGAUCAACAAGGAAAUUAUGAGGAGAAAGAAGAAGUUGUCCUUCAGCACCUUCUCACGUGGACUGGUGCCAAACACAUUUUACAGCUAUCUGAUGCAGAGGAAAACCUUUUUGACAUGCUCACCUUGGAUGCCAAAGACAGAGUGACUUUUGCCAUGUCAAUAUUGACAAACAUCAAAACUCAGUUUAUUAAGGGGAAUAUUCCACUGAAGCUGCUCCGAAUGCUUGUGGCAAAUCAAAAAGCCUUCAUAGAUCUGCUGAAGAGUGAGGAUACUAACAAAAUGAAAAGACUUCUGAAGUGUCGAGCAGGUGAACUUCAUGCUGUAGAGAAAGAGAAGAAGCAAGUGGAUGCCUUGCUCACAAUGAUCCGCCACCUUGACGAAUACAUGGCGGUUGAUGUCUGUGAGAUGGAUGAGUUACGCCGUGUCAAUAUGGAGAUGCUACCCCUUGACCAUUUUAUGGAAGUUCAUCCGGUUGACCAAAUCCCCCCAGCUAUGGCUGGCGUUGUCACUUAUUUCAAAAUGAAUGAACGCAUCAGACACAUGUCAGAUGAUUUGGACAAAUUCAAAGACAGCCACGUAUUCAUAUUGUGCUGGAAAGAACAAGGCAGACUUCCUGAAGGAGACACCUUGGACGAUAAUCCCGUUGAGGAAGCGGUACCUCGCGAAACGCUGACAUUCGACGAGCUUUGCGAGGAUAUUUUCGAGCCUUGCAUGGACGAUUACACGGAUAUCUACAAUGGUUUAAAAGAUGGCAGUAUCGGGCUAGAGGAGGUGAACCGGCUUUUCGGCAAUUAUAAGGGCAAGUACGCAGAGCUCGAACGAGACCUGGAGAUCAUGUGCAAGAUUGACAUGUCAACAGAUAAGCAAUGGAUUCACACCAGGCUUCAACAAAUUGAGCAAUUUCACGAACUCCGUCAAGCAGCGGAUUCAGCUGAGGUCAUCUUGGCCGUCAAAGAGACGCUCUGUCUUCAAGGAGACUUCAGUGUGCUGGAGACGCUCUUGGAUGUUAGUCAUGCAGACACUCAGGAGAAGGAGCUGCGGUGCAUUGACAAUGCCUUGAUAGAAGCCAAAAAGGAUCUGGUUGACAUCACGGAGCCUCGUAGACUUUGCUUAAAUGAGCUAAAACUCAGAGGCCAUUUUGUAAAAUGGGUGAAAGAUGCACUGAAAGAUCUGAAGGACCUGAAGGUGUUUGUUGACCUUGCUUUCAUCUCUGCGGGAGAGAACGACAUGGAGGUGGACCGUGUGGCUUGCUUCCACGAUGCCAUUCAUGGCUACGCUCCCGUCCUGUACGAGCUGCCACCAAAUUCCGGUUUUCUGGCCUUCAAAGAGGUUUUAAAGAAACUCUGGAGUGCUCUCGACAAGGACAACAACCUUCCCAAAAAAAUGCGUGACAGUGGCCGCCAUUUGGAAUGGCUGAAGACUGUUAAGGAUAGUCAUGGCUCAGUGGAGUUGUCUUCUAUGGCUCUGGCAACAGCCAUUAACAGAAAGGGCAUCUAUUGGAUCCGUGCAGUGAAUGGAAAAAAGGUAAGUCUGGACACUGUCUUAGACCUGGAAAUUGUGGAGGAGGAGGAGGAGGAGGAAGAGUGUGAGGCAUCCUCUUCCUCAGAAGAGUAUGAGGAUGAAGAAGAGGAUGAGGAUGAAGAAGAGGAUGAGGAUGAAGAAGAAGAUGAGAUGCACUGCUAUUCUCUGGAAGAUGUGCGGGAGCUGCAGAACAAACUGAUGCUCAUGUCUGGGAAAGGUGAUCAGGGACAGCAGGAAGUCAACUACUUUGCAGAGGUCUUUGCUGGUGUUCAAAGACUAGCUGAAGCUUUCAUUGCUCUCUACACUGCUGGAAACCCUCUUUUCAGACACUGGGAAGCUCAAGUCCACUGCUGCCUCAAUGGGAACGUCAACAUUGAGAUGAACUUCAACCUUGGGAAAAACGUUCAUUUUUUGACCAUUGAGGACAGCCUUCCUGAACUUUGCCUCAAAAUGGAGGACUGCUUGGCCCUUUGGAUGGAAUUCCUGGACACACAGCGAUUUCAGCAUUACUAUUUGAACUACUUCACAGCGGAACAAAUCUUCUUCCUAUGCAGCAAUCUGUCAGAAGAACACGUCAAACGUGUUGAUGAUCAAGUUCUCAUGAUGCUGUCCUUUAUCAAGUCCCACUGCACAGCCUCGGAUGUAUCGCGCGUGUGGCAUGAACUUCAAAAUGAAGUCGUCACACAUCCACAAGAACAAAAUGAGGAAUCUGAGUUCCAGGAGAUGAAUACUGAGGUACAAGCAAACAGAUUUGAAAGUUUCAAUCAGAUAUGGGAGGACUACAUGAAAGACCCAAAGCACAUUCUUGACAUACAAAGUCUUGGAAAACUACUGGAAAGGCUGGCUAAGAAGGAUGAUGUUUCUGAAGAGCAGGUUGAGAACUUCAUAAAGAGAGAACUCCCAAAAAGCAUGGCAGCUGGAAAGCCAAACCUCCUUGUUUGCCCUCAGACGGCAGUGUUAACCUCUUGCAUCUCCAUUUAUAUGACCAGUCACGAUCAACCACUCCCAACUUACGACGAGGUCCUGCUGUGCAAUUCCACUUCAACUUAUGAGCAGGUGGAGCUUUUUCUUAGGCGUUGUCUCAGCGCAAGUUGCAAGGACAAGAAGAUAUACUGUCUCCUGUUCGGGGAGCUGCUUCCGUACGACGUGAGUUCUAAAGUUGAAAAGUUUUUUCAGCGCAUGAACGUGCGCUGUACGGCAGACUACAGGCUUGUUCUUCUGUGUAGCUCCGAAAAAGAACAUGCCUACCUUCCAUCAGCUUUCAGUCAGUACAGGUUGCAGGUUGUACCUCAAUUGCCACUGACCAGCAUCCAAAAGUACCUCCAGCAUCAUUAUGUGGUUCCGACCAAUCAGUCAAGUGCAGCCGCUGUAUUCAAAGAUGGCCUCUGUGUUGGCACGGUCUCAUCGGAAAGGGCUGGUGUUGGUAAAUCGCUUUACAUCAAGAGGAUUUACCAAUCACUGAAGGAAGCAACUGAGGAACGCACAAGUAGGAAAUGCAUUCGCCUGAUUGAACCCAGCGUCGAUGAGCAUGCCAUCCUUCAGUCUCUUUUGGAAAGCGCCCGAAAGGACAAACUCACCGUGUUUCAUUUUGACAUCACUUCGUCGGUGAGGAAAGGUAUCCACGAGUUUCUCUUCAAGUUGUUGAUUCUACGUUACCUAAUGGACUCGGAGGGAAACACCUGGAAGUGCAGUAAUAAGGAUCUUUAUCUCAUUGAGUUUUUAGAAGAAACCGUCAAGCCAGGCAAAAAUGCUUCAGCUCAGACUGCUGCCUCCAUCAGCUCAUUCGCAGACGUGUUCCCCAAAAUUAUUUGCCGGCCACCGAAAGAUGUCUUGGAGCUCGCAGUGAGGAAGAAAGAACAUUUCAAUGACAACCCACUGAUGGAUGACAUAGUGUUCAAGAGUUCAGCCUUCCAGCGACCAUACCAGUAUCUCCGACGAUUUCAUAAUAACAUUAGCCUUGAUGGGUUCAAUUACAAGAGCAACAACUCUGAAGGUUCGGAGGUGGAAUGUCUUCAGCUGCUUCUCAUACACUGUGGCAUUUCUGAUCCUUCCUGGGCGGAACUUAGAAACUUUACUUGGUUUCUCAAUCUGCAGCUGCAAGACUGUGAGAAAUCUGUGUUCUGUGAUGCCGUUUUGACAGGAGACAUUCUCAAUGGGUUUAAAACCUUUGUGGUGGGUUUUAUGAUUGUCAUGGCAAGAGACUUUGCCACAACAUCAGAGAGUAUCUCUGACCAAAGCCCUGGGAAAUUACAGAUGGACUUAAAUAACGCCGAGGAGGACUUGGCUCCGUUUUUGAUUCGAAAAAGAUGGGAAAAGGAACCACACCCGUACAUUUUCUUUAAUGAGGACCACUCAUCCAUGACCUUCAUUGGAUUCUAUCUUCGAUCCAAUUCACAGAAUGCAUAUGAUGCAAUUGAUCCAAGAUCCGGUACGGUUAUCAAAACAAACGUGAUGUCAAAGGAAUUGUAUCAAGGACUGCACAAUCAGGGUGUUCCUUUUAACAUCAACUUUGAUAGCCUACGCAGAAGUGAAAAAAUACAGCGACUAUGCAAUGUUCUUGGAAUCAAGGAGCCUUUUGACCCGGAUCCAACAUAUGAGCUGACAACGGACAACAUCCUGAAGAUGCUGGCAAUUCACAUGCGUUUCAGGUGUGGCAUACCUGUCAUCAUCAUGGGAGAGACCGGAUGCGGGAAGACAAGACUCAUCAAAUAUCUUUGCGAGUUGCGCAGGAACCGCGUCGCCGCUGAAAAUAUGAAACUGGUCAAAGUGCAUGGCGGGACAUCAUCCCAGAUGAUUUAUGCCAAAGUGAGAGAAAGCGAAGCUAUCGCUUCCUCCAACAAACAAAAACAUGGAUUCGACUCUGUUCUCUUCUUAGACGAGGCCAACACCACAGAGGCCAUAAGCAGUAUCAAGGAGGUACUUUGUGACAAGACAGUCAAGGGGGUGGCUUUGGAUGCCAACAGUGGAUUGCAGAUCAUCGCCGCGUGCAACCCUUACCGAAAGCACACCGAUAAGAUGAUCAAGAGGCUGGAAUCUGCAGGUCUUGGGUACAGAGUCCGGGCUGAGGAAACGGAUGAAAAACUAGGCUCAAUUCCUCUCCGCCAGCUAGUCUAUAGAGUGCAAGCAUUGCCACCAAGCAUGAUCUCGUUGGUGUGGGACUUUGGCCAGUUAAACGAUCAGACGGAGGAAAAAUACAUUGAGCAAAUUGUGACGAGAGUUGUGCAAAGUCGAGAGAUUCCGGAGAAGUACUUCAAAUGUAUUACUCUGUCUCUCUCCUCCUCACAAAAGUACAUGCGUGGAAGGAGUGAUGAAUGUAGCUUUGUUAGCCUGAGAGAUGUCGAACGUUGCAUGCAGGUUUUUGUUUGGCUCCAUGACCACCACAGAGAUUUCUUUGCAGAGCUCAGAGAAUUUGACCGGAGUCAAAACAAGAAAAAACAACGGGGUCCAAACGAGCCAGAGGGACGAGAUCCAGUGUUGUGGUCUCUAAUUAUAGCCUUAGGUGUGUGCUACCACGCUUGCCUUGAACAAAAGAAUGUCUACAGAAACUGUCUCAGCAAAAGUCUGCCGUCAUUUUACACUGCAGCAAAAAUAAGGGAGGAAAUCACACUGAUGCAGGACUUACUCUUGAGUGGCGUGCCAAUGGUUGAAACGAUUGCAAGAAAUGCCGCCCUCAAAGAAAAUGUUUUUAUGAUGGUUUUCUGCAUUGAGCUCAGAAUUCCGCUUUUCUUAGUCGGGAAACCUGGAACCUCAAAAUCUCUGUCCAAGACACUGGUGGCAGAUGCAAUGCAGGGCCAAGCUGCACACUCUGAGCUCUACAAAAUGUUCAAGCAGAUUCAUUUGGUGUCCUUCCAGUGCAGCCCACACUCCACAUCAGAAGGGAUCAUCAAUAUUUUCAAACAAUGUGGACGCUAUCAGGAAGGAAAGAAUCUGGAGGAGUACAUUUCAGUCGUUGUCCUUGAUGAGAUUGGGCUGGCUGAAGACUCUCCAAAAAUGCCCCUUAAAACCCUUCACCCAUUGUUGGAAGAAGGUUGCAUUGACGAUGAGCCGCUGGCACACAAAAAGGUUGGCUUCAUCGGCAUUUCCAACUGGGCUUUAGACCCCGCAAAGAUGAACCGAGGCAUUUCUGUCUCUCGGGGUGAUCCUGAUAAGAAAGAACUGAUUGAGAGCGCGGAAGGCAUAUGCUCAUCUGAUGUGAUGGUCUUGGAGAAAGUCAGGGAGUUGUUCACCUAUUUUGCACGAGCCUACAUAAAUAUUGUCCAUAAGAAAGGCAAAGGAUUUUUUGGCCUGCGUGACUAUUACAGCUUGAUUAAGAUGGUUUAUGCAAUGGCCAAAACUUCCCAAAGAAAGCCCACCAUUAAGGAGAUCACAAAGGCCAUUUUGAGGAACUUCAGCGGCAAAAAUGAUGUGGAUGCCAUGGCUGUCUUUAAUGACAAUUUUUGCCUUGCAUCCGACCCGGAGAACAUCAGCGCCAUUGAGUUUGUGAGAGAAAACAUUCAGUCGGCUGGACAAGAGGAAGAAUGCCGCUACUUGCUGAUCCUAACCCGAAAUUAUGCAGCCCUCCAGAUCUUGCAGCAGACCUUUUUUUCCGAGAUUGGUCAGCCCGAAAUCAUUUUUGGAUCCAGCUUUCCUAAAGACCAGGAGUACACUCAAAUCUGCCGCAACAUCAACAGAGUCAAGAUCUGCAUGGAGACCGGUAAAACUGUUGUGCUUCUGAACUUGCAGAACCUUUAUGAAAGUCUCUACGAUGCCCUCAAUCAAUAUUAUGUCUACUUGGGAGGGCAGAAGUACGUGGACCUUGGCCUCGGAACCCACCGUGUCAAGUGUAGGGUGCACGACAACUUCCGGCUUAUUGUCAUUGAAGAAAGAGAGGUGGUCUACAAACAGUUCCCAGUACCUCUCAUCAACAGGCUGGAGAAACAUUAUCUGGACAUCUACACCGUCCUGACAGCAGCCCAGAAGAGGAUGGUGGAGAAAUUAGAUGAAUGGGUCAGACGCUUUGUUUCAGUCAGCAAUCACAUUGACUUGAAUCAGACGUACAAGUACCAUCCAUCAGACGUCUUCAUUGGCUACCAUUCAGACGCUUGCGCUUCUGUGAUCCAUCAAGUGAUCGAAAAGACAAAGGAUGCUUUUGAAAUCGUCGAUGCUGAGCAGAGACUUCUCCGAGAGGGUAAAUUUGUACUGCUCAGGUGUGCCACCCCGGAUUCAGUGAUGCGGUUGGAACAGACCGAUCUUCCCAAUGGAGAAAGUGAAGAACUUGCCAAUGUCUACUUUGAACAUCAGAACAACAACUGCCUGGUUGACUUCAUCGUUGCUCAUACAAGACAGGAAGUCCAUCGCGUUGCCUCCUUCACAGAGGUCACAACGUUCUCCAGACUUCUCACUGCACCCGACUUAAAACCAUUGGAGCAAAUGUUGCAAAGUGUCACACUUCUCUCACUCCAGCAGUUUGACGCGGAACACCUCUUCUUGAAGGAAAUCAGAAAUUUCCUCACCGCUGACGAACAAAACCUACACGAAGGACCCGGCGACAAGGUCCUCAUCGUGCAGAGUGAAUUCAAGGAGGCCACUCAUAGUCUCCAUCUAAUUGCAUCUGCAAAGUAUUCCGCUGUAAAUGAAAUCACCAAGAUCACUCAAGAUGGCUUGGACUCCAGGGUUUUCGUCUACUUCAUCACCAGGCUUCCAAGGGUUCAAGGAGGGACUUGCUAUGUUGGAUUUCAUGGCGACCCCUGGACGUCGGUGCAUCUAGAUGACCUCAGAAAGCCAAAGGACAUAUUCACAGGCAUUAGAAAAUUGCAAAACACAACAAUUUGUCAGCUGUUUGAAACAAAGAUGAACCAACCUCAAGCUCUAGAGGCGGGUGAGGCGGGUGAGGUUGGUGAGGUUGGUGAUGCGAAUGAGGAGGAACCAGACCCAAUGGAUGUGGAGCAUAACAAAGAUGACACUGGCCUGGACACCACAGCAUUGGUGCGGAGCUGUGUGCAGAGUGCAGUCGGCAUGCUCAGGGAUCAGCAAGGCCGGGGCUGGCGCAGCACUCAAAGACUUGAGACUCUUCUGAUUCUUCUCAGUGACACUGACCAAGUCAAAGGUGACUUCCUGCAAAUUCUGAAGAACCGUCUUUACUUAUUGCUAGCAAGUGAAAGCAACUUUUCAUCCGCCUCAAGCAAUUGGGUCAAUCUGGUGGCUUCUAAUAUUGACGCUUUACAGGAAGGAGGUACAUUUUGCCACUCUUUAUGGAAACGCAUUCAGGCCGUGGUGACCCCUGCCUUGGCUCAACUGGUUUCAGUCAUUGACGCUGACCAAAACCUGGACAUCUUACUGGAAGACCAUAGUCCCUCUGUGAAGAGGUUGUGGUUACACAUCUUCGCAGAUGACAAGUUGCUGGAAAUUCCACAGCCAUCUCUUGAUUCAGAGACAAAAACAAUUCCUGUACGAAGCUACAUCGCUCAAGGCAGGGACUUUACCUUCAACAUGCCUUUCUGUGGGAGGAUCAAGCACUACUUAGAGGAACUCUGGGUUCAUGCGCAUCAAAAUGAAGGUCAUACUCAAAGAUUCAUUGAUUUCUUUGCCAAAACAUCAUUGGGACAAUACAUAGCAAAAGACACCCCAGAGAUGCAGUAUGAGUUCUUUGAUCGUUACCUGUGUGGGUUUCUCUUCUUGACUAUAAAUGUCAACCGUCAAGAGGAUUUGAAGCUCUUGCAUGCAGCUUUGAACAGCUGUGUCACUGAACUACGCCGGGAAUUUAAUGACAACGAUGCAGUUCCGGCGCUUCCGUGGGUCCAUGCUGCCUAUCACCAGUCCAAGAACCGACUCCAGAACCUAUUCAGAAUGGUCUGCCUUGAACCGCAGGUGACUGACAACCUCUUAACAACUCCUGAAUUCACGGAUGGAGUUGAGCUGGUGCUUGAUGUGUAUGCGGCUCUUGUUUGCCUGGAAUACCUGGAACCUGGACCCCUGGAGACAAAUGCCCAAAGGCAAGCCUGGGUUAGACGAGUGAACAAACUCAAGGUCCCGAUUGAGCUGGUCUGCUCGGAGGAGAGCGUAAGACACUACCGAGACAGGAGCAAGACGAUUGCCAGCCAAGUUCGCGCUCGCUGGAAUCGGAUAUUUUCACUGUCCUUAUUUGUGGAGCACUUUGAGACGCAACAGAACGAGAUAACACCUUUCGCGAUGAAACACAUGAGACGACUCAACCAGGCUCUCGAAAACAAUUCUGACCUUAAAAGUCAGCAGCCGUUCGAGGCGAUGAUUCGCCUGCUGAAAACCUGCAAAGACGAAGCUGUCCAACAAGUCUUCAGGUUCAGUUCGGUCCCUUGGUGCUCGCUGUGUCAAGGAGACCCACAUGAUCCCGUCUGUUUGCCCUGCGAGCACAUCUUCUGUCUCUCAUGUAUCAAAAAGUGUCUGGUCCCCUGUCAGAUGCAUGUCUGUCCUCACUGUAAGCAGGCACUUCCUGAUGACUUCACCCCUGUUCUCUCUGAAGACUUACGGGUUCGAGUUGAACAACACGCUUUGUUCAGGAAUCAGUGCAAUGCUUUCUUCAUCGACUUAGUGUCGAGCGUGUGCUUCAAGGACAACUCUCCACCAUGCCCAGCUGUCAUUCGCCACUUGCUGUCUUUUCUUUUGGUGGAAGCCAGUGCUGCUCCUAUUCUCACCGAAAAUUGGCAAACAACAACCAAGGUGCUCUCUCCGUUUGAUGACUCUGCGGAUAAAAACCCAGUGUUUCGAUCAAGUCUGCUUAAACUUCUACUGAAGUACAGUUUUGAGGACGUGAAAGAUUACCUGCAGCUACACCUACUGGCAGUCGAGCAGUGCCACAUACUAGAGAAAAAAGAGAAAACCAAACUGUACUGUAUCUACCUGGAUUGCCUGCAGGAUGCCAUGUUUGAGACUUUCCAGUUCAGGUCGGACAUGGACAAGCAGGCGUACAUGCGUCGCGAAACUCCCUUCCUGAGAUGGGUCCCGCAGCAGCUUGGCCCAUUGACGGAGGAGACGCUGGUCACAGUGGAGUAUCUGCAGCUGGUGGCGAGAGUGCGCAUGGAUCUGGAUUUAGCUGCGACUAUCAUUGCUACCGAAAUGCCGGACGGAGGAGAGCCGAGUCAAAGCGACCCCUUCCUGGAGAGUGUGGUGAACUUGUGUAGUCGCGGUGGCAACAAUUGGUAUCGUGUCUACUUGGUUCGUAAAAUAACCAGCCAACGCGGAGUGGAGUUUGCCCAAGAGCUCCUAAAAACGAAUGGCAAGCACUGGCUAUUUCCUGAAGAAGUUCAACAAAAGGAUGGACAAGCCAUCCUAGUUGACCAUUAUCUUGUGUACGGGGAGCCCUACAAGAAAAUCAGAGAUGCAGUCUCAGAUGCAAUCGAAGCCAGCCAGUUGGACUGCCUCGAUAAGAUUUGCCAGGAGUGCACAACUUCACCACAGAGGGCAACGCUUUACCUGCUCUUGGCUCUGCACAAAGAAGUGACCAACUUCUUUAGAAACGACAGUGUAUGUCUGCAUCAAGAUACGGAGCUUUUCUGUGCCCUGAUGAAUUUCAUUGACACUUCCAAAGUGCUUGCUAACCCAAAGGUCAAGGCCUUUGCUCGUGCUCUGGUAACCAACCAUCCUGGGCCUUUGGAGGUCACUCCUGGAACAUCUGGGGACUAUUGUGCAUCCUUGGCAUUGGCUGUUCACCUGGCUGUUGUUUUGCUUUGCACAAACCAAAAGAUCGUAGCACCUCUGCAACAGCUAGCAAUUGAACCAAACACCAUGCAGGCCACCUUCUUGCCUACCAUGCCGCAGGACAAGUUAGCAGAGGCUCAACAAGCUCUGGGGAAUUCAGAACCACUCAGGUGGUACACGUGUCCAAAUGGUCACCCCUGCACGGUUGGAGAGUGUGGCUUACCUAUGGAGAAACAGACUUGCCCUGACUGUCAAGCCCCCAUUGGUGGGUUACAGCACAAAGCCGUGAACAAUUUUAGGCAACUCGAGAGCAGGAGUGACCGCACUCAGACGGGCCACAUACUUGGCGACCCUGGUCGAAGGGACAAUGCAGACAUGAUGGACACCAAGCACCUUUCCCCUGUUCCCUUCACAGUCAUUCGCAUGCUUACCCAUUUAGCCAUGCUGGUCGGCACCUUCGACCACUCACAGACUAUUGCUUCCAUCAUCAACCCUCCAGUCACUGAGCCGUGUUCAUUUCUACUGGCCCACCUGAAGAAAGACAAGGAGCAUCUUGGUAGAAGUCUGGGCAAAGGGACAGAUGACACAAUCGGCGCUGCUCACCUGCUCAUCAGUGGCCUCCUGGAACCUCAGCAGAGCUGUGACUCUUGGAGACUCUCCACCAAUGGCAAAAGAAAUGAAUGGGAGACGCAAAUGAGCCUCUGCAUCACACCCAACCUGAAGCAUUUGGACAACCAACUGAAGGAAAUGAACGUAUCCAUCCAGACGGACUCUCAAAAUUCUGGCAAUCCCAUCAUGUGGCUGCUGAGAGACAAUCCAGCUUCUUUUUUGCCUUCUCUUCGCGUUGAUUCCUCCCUCCAUAGUUCUGCAGUGUGGAGCUGCAAGGAGAAAGUGUCUCUGCAACAUCUUAACCAUGCGGUGGAGCUGAACGAUGGCAAAGACACCCUUCCUGUGCUCUGGAGAUUUCUUAACAAGGAAGCAGAACUGCGACUGGUGAGGCACCUGCCUGACAUUCUGACUCUCCACAAAGAACUCCUUAAGCAAUUUCUAAACAUCACAGAAGAUUCAUACGGCACCAUCGCCCAGUUCCUCAACAGCCAGACGGGUCCAUUCAGAACCCAGUACAGGAAGCACAUCGACACAUUCCUGACGACCUGGAAUCAGCUCAGAUCCUCUUUGGCAACCUAUGAUGAUAUCAGAGUGCCCGCCGAGUUCUGCCAGCAUGACUUUGACACCGAGAGUGACCUCAAGGUGCUGUUACCGCAGCGGCACGGCCCCGGGUUGUGUUCCACCGCCCUGGUUAGCUACCUCAUCGGCCUGCACAAUGACAUGGUCAGAUGUGUGGACAAUCACACGGGAGAAAAGACCAGCUACGAGGUUAGCCCUGUAGAUUUGACAGACCAACAUGUAAUCCAAUACGAGCUGGACAGGGAUCUGAUGCCCCUGGUCCUCGCCAACACCCAGUACAGCGUGGAAAGGGGCCAGGAGACCCUUCGCGAGUACGAUUUGCCCAGGAUCCAGAAACAGAUUUUCUCCCGCUUCCUUCUGGGCAAACCAAUCAUCAACCUCAAUGGCAUCCCAACACUUGUGAACAGGCCCGACCGCAACUAUAACAUCCUGAAAAACGUCGGAGAGAAAGUCAAACAAGAGCCUCUCACCACCCAGACCAUGUUGGAAAUGGCCAAGGAGCUCCACGACUACAGCGAGGCAUGCGAGGCCGUGUCCAUUUUGGAGUUGGCCCUGGGAUUCCUCGCCACGGAUGGGGGAGACUCUCACAUGCGGCUGUCCAGCUACCUGGAGGACGUACUGCAGAUGAGAAGCCAGAUAUCGGACUGUGUCUUCAAGGUCCUGAGUUGGUGCUAUUUGAAACAUUGUGUGGCCUUGUGGCAGAUGCUGAACUCUCUCAAAUCGGAAAUUAUGCUGAUGCUCAAUAUGGAUCCUUUUAAAAACGUUUGCAUGCAGUACAAGCAGACCCUCGGUGAUAAUGAGCGCCGCCUACUGAGUUCUUUCUUCUAUGGGAGCAGCACAGACACCUUCCUGCUGGAGCUGCAUGACUUGCUGGUGCUGGAACUUAAGAAUCCCAAAGCACCAGAGGAACGCAAUCCAGAUUGGAGCCUGAUAGCGAUUUUGGACCCUUGCCUGGAGGACAAGUACCCGGAUUUCCCAUCAAAAAUCUGCCUCUCUCAUUGUGUUGAAACAUGGAAGUUCAUCAUUGCCAUCAAGAAAGUGCGUAUUAGCAGGCAAAUUGGAUAAUGGAGCGUUUUGUGCCUUCAUUUUUUGCCAUCAUCCUUAUCUGUGACUGUUGAAGAUCAUUUGCACUCCACUCCACAGCAGAACCUCCCAAUUACAAAUAUCAUCUGUUGCUUGCUGGUUGACUUUCAGCCAAUAUUUGGAAAAUGGGCAGAAGGGUGACUCUUAAGGUUCUGUGGAGAAUUAGACUUUUAUUUUUAUUUUUUUCAAACACCUUGCAGGCCUACAUGUCUAGUGUUAAAAAAAAUUAUGCAGCAGACUAUUAUCACUUUUGCCUUUGAGGAUUGUUAUCAAUAUUUUGCCAAUAAAAGUUGUUUACAUUGUU